AUGAGCACUGCGCAUACAUGCUUUCGCAGCGCCCUCACACAGGCAUUCCGGACCAACACUCGCGGGAUUGCUGCUUCCUGUUCUGUGGCCGCAUUUCUCGUUCCGACGCUCGCCAAACCCUCCAAGCGCACCUUUGCAAGUGGAAAACACCGUUCCAACCACGCACAGCCAUCCCUGUCUCUCCCGGAUACACAUGUCCACGAUGAAGCCGCUUCGACACGUCCAAGGAAGCCAAGAGAAGUCAUCACAUCGCAGAUACCCUGCCCGCAGCCAGAAGCUCGUGGUGACAUCAAAGCAUGGCUUGCUGUCCUUGAGCCCUUCCUCCCAGCCCACUUGCGACGAGAGCCUUCAGACAGCCCCGACAUAUCGGUGAGCUCAUUUGACCUUGCCUAUGUUCUCAAUUCGGCCCAAGCCGCCUCUGUGGAUAUUAUCAGCCACAUAGGGCUGGUUGAGGGUCGGUGGCAGACUGUGGUUUGGAUGGUCAAGAAGCUUGCAGAGGAUAGACAACACUCGGCCGAUACUGCUCCUCAGAUUCAACAGUACUCAGAUGUUAUGUGGCAGGGAUGCGAGUACCAGAGUAUGAAGGACCUGACCGAGAGGCCUCUGGUACUCCAGCGAAGCCCAUCAUCACAGAGGUCGAAGUUCCCUUUGGAUGCAGCAACUUCUGCUCCGGAGUCGAUCAGAUAUCGGAACGUCACGAUAAAGCGAGGGUUGGGGCAGCUAUGGAGGAGCCUGGGGAAUAUGAUCUUGACAGCCACGGAGCAAGGCAGUGCUGGGCAGGAGACCAUUAUGCCUCAUGUCUUGCAGGUGAUUGCAUAUUUGCAUCAUAUAGGUCUUAUCCCCGACUCGGUCUACACAUAUCGCCCCCAUGAAGACAAGCAUGCGCUGCAGCAACCUCCGACUAUCCAUAUGCUAUCAUCCCAGAUCCUUACGGCGCUGUCAGAUGCGACGUGGAAAGCGCAUGAGUCUUCAGUCAAGACAGCAAAGGAUCGGGCCAAUGCUCAAUACUUUCUUGGGCACGAAAUACCGGGAUCUCGUUACAAGGCCUACGUUACAGAAGUGACGCCAGAGCUAUGGCUGGAGCUUGUGCUUUGGUCCUGUCUACAUGGUGGGUGGGUAUUGGACGGAGUCUCCAUCUUGGAGCAAGUGGCAACUAAGAAAGGAGAGCAAGGGUGGGCACUCAUCAGCUGGCGGGAGAUUAUGGAACAAGAAGAACAAAAGAAGCCAAUGCCUACAAGGAGUUGGAGUCUGUUUCCAAUGUAUGAGGAUGCAUCAGCAAGCCCCGAGGACCGAGCACGAACACGCAAGACUAUAAGCGGCGAGGUGGUCACAGCAUUUGUAGACGGACUUGUAAACCAGUUGCGACUUGGAGUGGGCACCCGCGGCGCUAAUCCUGAGCAGGUGGUUUCGUCCAUCAAAACGCUGAAGACGCUUCUUGACGCCGACAACCUGAGUCUCGGAGCUAUGGCUUGGGACUCGAUCAUGGCGCGGCUAAUUGAGUCUGGUGGCUUUGUACCUGAGAAGCGACCUGAGGUUUUAUUACGCAUCUUUAAGCUUGCACCAGGAUUCGGAGCUGAAGUCGGCACUGCAAAUGCAGCUACUCAACGGAGUACUGAGAUCCCCUACUUCUUUGAGCCAACGACAUUACCAUUGAGCCUGUUGCACCGCACUAUGCGAGCAUUCAUCAAAAACGGAGACAUCAAUGGUGCCAUGGAAACCUUGUCGCUCCUCCAACGACACGCAGACGACAACAAGCAGAGAUCUGUGCAAGAGUUUUUCACGUUUUUGAGAAACAGUCCGCAGUUACGAAAGGAUGAGCCGUUUACGAGCAGGCUACCCCCUGUCAGCUUCCCAGCCUUUGACACCAAGCUUCCCGUGCCACUUCUAGCGCAGCUGCUAGACUUGGCGACAGAAUUGAAGAUGUUUGACUUUGGGCGAUGGCUACUCUUCUCCGGAGACCUGGACGGUCCGCUGAUUAGCCCUUUGCUGUAUGGCCAUCGCAACAUAUCAGCAUCGAUUGUGCGGUUUGGGACGUUGGCUGGGGAAAAUGAUUUGGUUCUCAAAGUGAUUCAAAAGGCUGGGAUAUGGAAUGAAAAGCAUCAACAGCAGCGAAUGCCGGCAGAGAUUCUGACGGCUCUGCUCUGUUGCCAGAUGAGGCUGGGGAGAUGGGAGGCAGUGCGGAGCAUGCAACAAUACGUGGAGCAAAGUGCCACGUUUAGACCUCGGCCCAUUAUCAUCUCAACCUUUGCAGCGGAGCUUCUCCGGACGUCGAGUGGUUCUGAAGAGAGCAGACGCGAAGCCCAAGAAAGCUUUACGGGGCUGCUGUUUGGAUGGGAACGCAUCAUCUUGCAGAACAUGCGGGAUGAGCUCAACUGCAUACUCUCCGUCAUGUCUACUGUAGAUGGUUACUGGAAAGAGUACUGCUCGCAGUUCUUGGCAUUCUCGGCGCGGCACGACAUCAAGCUUUCGACGGCCGACUUCAACCGGGUGGUAUGCGGUGUGCUUGAGGGCUACGGCAGUGUCAAGGGCAGGGCAAUUGUGGAAACGUGGUGCUACAAGCCACCCAAGCGGUUUGAGCCAUACAGAGCGCCGGGAGGACUGCCCAACAUGGCUCGGUACCGGGUGACUAGAGGCGGAGAGUAUGAGGAUCGUCCCGAGGACAUUGAGAUUGUGCAGCAGUCUGGGGCAAGGAUGAUACUGCAGGGACGGGUGCAUGCCAACCACGAGACGAUAUGGGCGAUUGUCCGAAAAGUGCAGGAGGAAGUAGCAGCCAAGGAGGAAAGUGGCGAGGGAUUGACAGAGGCCACGCGGACUGAAGCGCGGGAUACACUGAGGUGGGCGGUACGGCUGCUUUACUAUCUAGGGUUCGACUAUGAGGACAUUGCACGCGAUCUCGGUAGCCUCGUUGGGCUUGCAGAGCUCGAGACACGUGGGGGAAGUGAAGAAGCAGAAGGCGGCGAGUGCGAGCAGGGCGAGUGGUGA